ACAUUUUUAUGAACUGGUAAAAAGUAGGUCAUUUUGGUAUGCAUCGCUAUUUUUUCAUAAGAACAUAAUAAUUAAUCUUACAAAAAUAUUUCAACAAUAAUAUAAAUUUUACAAAUAUGAAAUUAUUAUGAUACGGUUUCUAGUGAAAAUAUUACUUGAAUUUUCUUCGAACUAAUUGAAGGUAAAGCUUUUUACCUUUGAAUAAUAAAAAAGGGAGGGGGUAUUAUGAGCACAGUUUGUAAAGUUGCGUGAAGCGCGCGCCACGCAAUGAAAACAUCGCUGGGUCAAGUCAUUUUACCAUACUAAAAUGUUCAAUGUUUGUUGUUCAGUGUUCACUGCAACCGAUGUAAGCUCGAUCGUCGUGUCAGGUCAUAAAUAAAGACAAAACAUGUGCUUCGUAGCGCGCAGUCGUUCGUUAUUGGACUAGCUGAUGCGCGAGUGCUGAGAACUGAGCAGGAUCAACUGACAGACGACUGUUAUCAAGUGUUUACUGUGUUGUCAGUGAGAGUUAAGUUUAGUGAAAUUUAAAGUACAUUCAAUUGUGAUUUUAAUAAUGGCUACGGUAAGAGAUCUGACAGUCUCGAGAAAAGCUCUUGCAGCUUCGCUGGGUGAAAUUAAUACAAAAAAGUAUUUUGAAAAAAUGAAGCUAUGGUUUCAAAUGAAAAGUACCAAAGAGGAAUUUGACUUCUCAGUCAGAAGUAUGAUGAACGAUGAACAGGUGCAUUUACACAAUGAAUUUUUACUCAGCUUAUUCCAUAAAGUUCGAGGGUUAGUUGUGUCUACACCUACCAGACCACUGAAAGUUAAUCACAAUACUCAUAACAAUUCGCAAGAUACAAAAGAAAAGGUGUUUUUGAAACGAAAGUAUAGAUCUGAUGAUUCAAUCUUUGAGCCAGCUGAUAUUUAUAGUGAUGUGCUUAGCCAAGCAACCUCUCCUGUUGGCGAUGAACCCAUUGGUGCUAAUCGCUCCAGUGCCCAGGAAUUGGUAUUACCCGAUCAUACUUUUGUUCUUGCCAGGCUGAUGGUAGCAGCGUGGGAAAAUAAUAUGGACGGUGCUGAAGAUAAUACAGCUUACAUUAUUAUUGCUGCUACUCAGAUAUUUUUGAAAAACAUUUUAACGGCUAUAAUAUCGAGGAGAAAAGGUUUUAGUGUCAAGGAUGGAUCAUUUAUUCAUAAUCUUGGAGAAUCAGUUCCUAGUAUUUGGAAAAGAAACACUUUUACAAUAUUUCAAGAAGCUAAAUACUCAUCUCCAGCAAUAGUUAUGGAUCCAAUUGGUCAAAUGCCAAAUCCAAAAAUGGAUAUUGAAGAUGCAGAACAAGAAGCAGCAUUUGCUUUGGCGUGUUCGAAACAAACUUUAGUUCCUCAUCCACCACCAAUCUGCAUAUCAGAUGUGCUAAAUACUUUACAAAUUCAUAAAAAUCUCAUAAAAAAUCACACUCUUUAUGCAACAAAUAUGGAAAGGUUAUUUACUUAUAGUUCACAUUAACUAGAAAAAAUGUAUAAGAUAUAAAUAAUUAAGAUGCUACUUGUUCUCUUGUUCUAAGAACCAAAUUAAAAAUUAAGUUAGAAUUAUAUUACCAUAUUUUAUUAAAUUAAUAUUUAUGAUACAUUCAUUUAUGAAUAA